AUGGAGGUGGACGAGAGAACCAACUUCCAGGAAUACAAUGUAUCCUGUUCAGCAGAACUUGAUGGUGGAAAAGAAGUGAAUUUCAUGAUCAUCAAUCUGACUGACUAUGCUAUUGAAUCCUAUCAGCCAAAUAACCAGUCUAAGCUAAAAAAUAUUCAUAUAGUCUUCGUCUUCAUCAUCCUCGGCGGUAUGCAAUUAAUUAGCGUAUCUAUUGUUAUAUUCUCCCUCCUUUCAUUCAACGUUCUCAAUGAGGCUUCGCUUGCUAAAGGGGAAAGCAUGAUCUUCCGUAAUCGUGGUGCCGGUUUUCACGACGACAGACUCAAUACGCCAAGAUUAGCCCGUAACGUGGGUGAAAUGGAAGAGACAAAGCUUCUUGACCUGUACCUUGAACUUCAGGUCGUCUCUGGCUUCGCUCAAGAACCGGUGUUUCUGAGGCUAGAAACAGGUAUGCCGGCACCCUUUAAGAUGCAAAACAUAAACAAUGCUAAAGCUGCGAACGUGUCACUGGUUAGUGUACCAACAAGACAUACAUCUGGGUUGUUCAAUGAAGUGACAAACACAAUGAAGCAGUUGGUUAAGGCGACUAGGGUCUCAAUAAAAAGCGACACCAGCUGCGGAAUUGGUGAAGGCUCCUCAGCCGCAGCGAUAUUUACAGAGUUCAGUGGUCGAACUGAGAGGAGACAGAAUAUUAACAAUGCAUCCUUAGCUCAUUUCGAAACGUCUGAAGAAGAGCUGAAGAAAGAAAAUGUAGAAGAAUUAAAUUCUGGCGAACAGAUUGUUACCAUUACAUGUGAAGAAGCAUGUCCAUAUUUGGACGACUAUUCCCUCAGUCUUAUAAAGCAAGAGAGGCUUAAGUUGCAGUCAGAUCUGGAGAAUGGUUUGCUACAGGUUAGAUAUCAGGGCCAACUUUUGUUAUGA